UAACGAAGGACGUACAAGAAGUAACAGCAAAAUGCUCUUACAAAGCUGUUUAUUUACAUUUUUGUUUAGUAACUUGCUUGCUGCUGAAUCAUGGAAAAAGCCAGGAUGCCAUCGAAUCGGCCAUACAAGAACAAUUAGUAUUCCGGAUUGCUUAGAGUUUAAAAUCACAACGAAUGCAUGCCGUGGAUUUUGUGAGUCGUGGUCUUUGCCAAGUAUCAUGCUGGGAUUCAAACGACACCCCGUCACUUCACUGGGACAAUGCUGUAAUAUAAUGGAAGCCGAGGAUGUACCGGCGAAGGUGCUUUGUUUGGACGGAGAAAGGAAUUUAAUAUUUAAAUCUGCUCUUUCGUGUGCUUGCUAUCAUUGUCAAAAGGAAUAGUCGCGUCGAUUACCUCAUUCAGUUUCACUUUAAAAGCGAGACCAAAUAGGAACACAUAACGUUUAAGUUAUUAAGUUAAAGUGUAACUUUUUACCAGUACUUAAACAAUAUUUCAUAGGUAUAAUGUUUCAACGUAGUUAGGUACGCAGGUUGAAAUUUAUUCGCUUACGUCUUUCCUGCAUUAACAUACGAGUGCUCGAUGAUUGUGUGCAUUAUGGAUUAAUGAUUACGCCGUUUAAAUAUAGUAGACAUAUCGGAUCUUAAUUUAGCAGACAAG